GUCUCUCGGCUGCCCUUGGGGAGCGUGAGCGUCCCGCGAGUCCCGGCCACGCUGCUGGGGUGAUCCUCGCCACACCUUUACUCACGUCGGUUAAGAUGGGUGAUGCGUGGCCAGAUAGAUGGCAUGUUGGGGAGAGAUGCCUUGCACCUUGUCCUGCAAAUGGAAAGCUUUCUGAAGGAACAAUAUCAUCAAUUGAAAAGGACAAGAAUGGAAAAUCAUUUGCUGUUGUAUCAUUCUUGGGAUCUGAAGAUAAGAAAAUACUAAUAUCUGAGCUCUAUAAAGUUGAAGCUGGUAGAUGUUCCUGGAAGAGUGUGAUAUUUGAUGACAGUGACCUGGAAAAGCCUUAUUUUCCUGGCCAAAAUGUUCCAUCUUCAACAGUUGCUUUUAAGUUAUCUGAUGACGGUGAUUUUAUCCCAUAUACGAUUAAUAGAUACCUGCGUGGUUACCAAAGGGAAGGAGCCCAGUUUCUCUACUGGCACUAUGCUAAUAAAAGGGGAUGCAUUCUUGGAGAUGAUAUGGGCCUUGGAAAGACAGUACAGGUCAUUUCAUUUUUGGCUGCAGUGUUACGCAAAAAAGGAACACGUGAAGAUAUUGAAAACAACAUGCCAAAAUUUUUACAGAGGACAGUGAAAAAAGAAUCAAAAUGUAACCCUAACAAGACUUUCCUCAUAGUUGCCCCUCUUUCAGUGCUGUAUAACUGGAAGGAUGAGUUGGACACAUGGGGGUACUUUAAGGUCUCUGUCUUACAUGGCAGUAAAAAGGAAGAUGACUUGAAUCGUAUCAAGCAAGGGAAAUGUGAAGUUGCCCUUACAACAUAUGAGACUCUUCGCCUGUAUUUAAAUGAACUUAACAAUAUAGAGUGGUCUGCCGUCAUAGUGGAUGAAGUACACAGAAUCAAGAAUCCAAAGUCUCAAAUAACUCAAACUAUGAAGUCCUUAAAAUGCAGUGUUCGCAUAGGCCUUACUGGAACCAUUCUUCAAAACAAUAUGAAAGAACUUUGGUGUGUCAUGGACUGGGCCCUACCAGGACUUUUGGGUAGUAGAAUGCAUUUCAAGAGGAAAUUUUCUGAUCCAGUGGAGCGUGGCCAGAGGCACACUGCAACUAAAAGAGAGCUAGCAACGGGUCGUAAGGCGAUGGUGAAGCUGGCAAGAAAAAUGUCUGGCUGGUUUCUGAGACGUACAAAAGUGCUUAUCAGUGAUCAGUUGCCAAAAAAAGAAGACAGAAUGGUGUACUGUUCCCUGACAGAAUUCCAGAAAGCAGUAUACCAGGCUGUGCUGAAGACAGAGGAUGUAAACCUAGUAUUAAGAGCAGGAGAGCCCUGCAGCUGCAACAGCGGCCGUAUAAGGAAGAAUUGUUGUUACAAAAUGAAUUCCCACGGUGAAACAAUUAAGUCAUUGCAGUUCAGUUACUUGAAAAUCCUACAGAAAGUUGCAAAUCAUGUUGCGUUGCUGCAGACAGACAACACUAGCAAGCAGCAGGAAACACAUAUCAAACGAGUUUGCAAUGAGGUGUUUUCCAGUUUUCCAGAUUUUAUGAAGUUAAGCAAAGACGCAGCCUUUGAAAUAAUUUCAGAUCCAAAGUACAGUGGAAAAAUGAAGGUCCUUCAGCAACUUCUGAAUCACUUCUGGAAGAAAAAAGAUAAAGUUCUUCUCUUCUCCUUUUCCACGAAGUUGCUGGAUGUGCUGGAGAAAUACUGUAUGGCGUCUGGGCUAGAUUUCCGAAGACUUGAUGGAAAUACAAAAUCAGAAGAUAGGAUCAGAAUUGUAAGAGAAUUCAACAGAGUUCAAGAAAUUAACAUAUGUCUUGUAUCUACAAUGGCUGGUGGAUUGGGUCUUAAUUUUGUUGGUGCCAAUGUUGUUAUACUCUUUGAUCCAACGUGGAACCCAGCAAAUGAUCUUCAAGCUAUUGACAGAGCUUACAGGAUUGGCCAAUGCAAAGAUGUUAAAGUAUUUAGACUGAUAUCCUUGGGAACUGUGGAGGAGAUAAUGUACCUACGGCAAGUCUACAAGCAGAGGGAAGGACAAGUAGAAGCUGGAGUCAUGACAGUGACUACUUGGUUAAAAGAAGAACCUCCUCAUGGCAGUUCAGAAAAUUGUGAACAACCAGAUUAUGGAGGAGCUAGAGGUCAUUCAAGCACUAAGGCGCAGUUAGAGAGAGAAGAAACUAAUUUUCAUGAUUAUUUUAGUGAUGAUGAUAUUCUGGAAAUUUCCAUGAAAAAAAAUAACAGGAAGAAGCCUUGCAGCGCAAAUAAUUUAAUGAUAGCAAAGAGACAGCUUUCCUUAGUGCAGUGUGGAUUCUCUAACUUGUUGCAGAGAGAAACUGAAGCUACCAAAAGAAGUGGUAGUAAUGACUCUUACCAUUCAAGUUCUGAUGGUCAGGCUGUAAGAACAUGUGUCAACAGCAAGUGUGAUGAUGUUCAGAAAUGUGAAAGCUAUAUGCAUAUUUUGGAGCACAGGAAAACUGCUCAGUUACCAAAUGUAACUGAUAAACAAGACAUGUAUAGAGCAGAUUGUCUUGUUUUGUCAGACUCUGAAGAAGAGGUGGACAGAGAAAAUAAGGAUUUAUGCAUUUCAAGGCAAAGUGAUGUAGUAAUGGAAACUGAAAGCAGUUCUGAAGAAAAUUGUGAUGUCAUCUUUCCUACCCAAUUUCCAGCAAGCCCCCAAGCAAUGCAUACUAAAAAAAUUGAAAUACAGACGACGGAAUCUGAAAAUUGUGAAGAGUCACUAGAAGAAAAAAAUGAGUUUGUACUUAAGGAAGAACGUAGGCAGUUUGGAUUCCAUAGUACCAAAUCAAAUUUCAGCAAAAUCAUGUCUUUUAAAAACAUGAAAAACAGCGCAAGUGACAUAAGUGAUGAGUCUGAUGACAUUGAAAUUCCCUGUCACUCCGAGUCAGGAAAGUUAAGAACAUUCAGCUUCAUGAAAGGGAAACAAAGGCAUACACAAAGCAGUGCACUAGGCAGAUUCUCAAAAUCUCUGCCUCAGAAAGAGAAGCCUUGGAGGAAAGAAAGAGGAAGUGAUUCUCAGAAUGUAGAUGAAUUUUCAUCCUCUGAAGAUAACUUACAGGUUGAAAAGAUUCAUACCCAAGAAAAGAGCUGUAAGUGUAAAAGCCAGAGAUGUAAAGUUCAGGUCAGAUCUAAAAUGCUCCAUCCUGUUCAGUAUGGAAUGCGCUCUAUUGCACAGGUGACAUCUAGCAAUAAUGAUGUGCAUAGAAGUUCUAUGCGCAGAGCUCAGUUUGACCAUCAGAAUCAAAAUGUGGAAUCAAUGGACAGAUAUUUAGAUGGGAUUCAAGAAGUAGCGUAUAUGCACUCAAAUCAGAAUGUGGUUGGAUCAAGCAAGGCUGAGAAUCACUUGAGCCGGUGGGCAAUGCGAGACGUAUUUGAGUUGAAGCAGUUUUCCCAGCUCCCUGCUAAUAUAGCAGUCUGUAGUGCCAAGAAAGCUAAAGAAAAGCCAGGUGAAGUGAUAGCAGAGAAGAACAUUAUGAAGACAGAGCAUGGAAUUAUGGCGAACAGUAACCGACAUAACCUGUACAUUUUGCAUCCAGUGAUCCAAAGAAACACUGAAGUACACAGAGUGGGCUCAGUCACCUUCUUGGUUGGAAAAACACCCAAAGAAAUCCGCAGGAGACAAUUUGAGGAAAUUGUAUCCCACUUUAAAAUGGGAUCAAUGGAAGAACUUGCAGAACAUAUUGCAAAGGCUACAUCAGAAUCCCGGCAGAAGUUGCUGAGGGAAUUUUACAUUUCAAAGCAUCCAGAAGUUGAGUGUUUGUUUCCAAUGGAAGUACCAGCAGAAGUUACGCAUGACUCUGAAGAAGGAGGUGCGGCUGCAAGAAAAUCAAGGAAAAGAAAAUGUGUCAUUAAUUCUGGAAGAUGCAAGUCUGGACCUUCAUCAGCUAAAGAAUUUCUUCCGAGUGGAACUACAGAACUGCAGAACCAGCGAAGCUGUGAAGUAGAGCAACUUUGCAGUGACUCAUGCUUGCAAGAUACUAUGUGUGUUGAUGUGAAACAUAAACAAUCACCCAUUGUUGCAACUCAGCAUACUAAGAGGAGUAACAAUCAGACAUUCAAGGAUUUUAUAGCAUCUGGUUCAUUAAACAGGAAAUCGAAAAUAAUUGAGGUGCUGUCUGUAAAAAGCUCUGAAGGACAGCAGGACCCAGAAGUAGCAGGGCUGCCAAGAAAAAGAUCCCUGUCUCUGUCAGAAAACAGGGAGAGAAGAGCUAAGGCUGACAAAAAGUCUUCUCUUGACUUACUUGGAGAUACCUCUAUUCUCAAUGUUCUCUUCAGAAAUAGUGGGGAAAAAACUACAGGAUCACCACGGAGAAUCCCUUCAGGGCAAAUAGAAAAAUCAAAGGAGAGACCAAAAGAUUUCUGGGACAUGCUGAAUGAGCAGAAUGAGGAGAGCCUCAGAAAGCUCACAGAUAUGACAGUUAUAGAGGAGCUAUGUGAAAGAGCACCUCAUCCACCAGUGACAGAAAAGAGAGAAAUGUGUGAAAAUUCUCUUUGGAAAAAAAAUGAAAACUUUUUAUGGAGAAAAUACAGUUCAGAUGAUUCAGAUGAACCAUCUUCUGCUACAUCUUUUAACGUAGUAAAAUGAUAGUUUUCUACAUGAGUUGUGCCAGAAUUAUUUUAUUAGUUAAAUGAAGAUGAAAAUAUAUACAACUUCAGCAAUAUGCUGUGAAACAUGAUACCUCUAUAAAUUUGAAGGCAAAGUGAUGAAUUCCUAUUUAUAAUAACCUCAAUUUACAUUUCACGUUGCCUGUACUAUAUAUAUCAUUACAAAGCUAUGACAAACUAAAUUGAGAUAAAAUUAUUUUUAAAUGUUUUGAGUAAACUUGCUUUAUUGAAUGAUGAUAAUUCUAGAUCUUAUUAUUCCUGCUGAUAUUCCUCGGUUGGCAAUAGUACUGAGCGGUUUUCCUCCUUCACUCACAUUUCCUGCCUUUACACAUCCUGUCAGAAUCUAUGUUAACAUGAUUUUGAUCAGUUUGACUAUAGAGCUGUGAAGCUUCCAAUUUUUUUUUGGUAUUGUAUGCCAGUGAGUUCUUCACCUUAAUUAAUGUGGAUGACCAAUUUUUGCUUGUUACCUGUGUCUCUUGGUGUGAAAUCUCCAGCAUAUUAAAUGAUGCCACAUGUCAAAUUUCAUCUGUCAUUACGCUUCCUCUCUUUUAUUGAUUUAUAUAGACUAUUGUUAUGUCUUUACUGGAAGGUGUGGUCUGGACAUACUUUAGUGUUAAUAAUUUUUAUAUGCAAGUAAAAAUGUUUAUAUUUUUAAAUGCGUGUUUUCUAGCAAGUUACAAGAACAACUUAGUGCCGUUCAUGCUCACUGUUGCCUCUAUUUUUUAUACAUGUGACUAUUCGGUAUGAGAGUAUAUGGCUGGGACAAAAAUAAAAAGUAAAUAUGAGUUA